AGGAGGAGGACUGAGGAGAAGCCUUCGGCCUUGCCCCCCUCGCCGUCUCCAUUUCAUUUCCGUGGCCGCUUGGGCGCAGAGGAGCCAGCAACAGCUGGUUCCACACUACCUUCCGCGCUCACAGUUGGCAUGCGCCAUCUUCUUUCAUACAAGUGAGACGCGCUUCCGACGUGAUGAGCCUGUUCACCGCAAUCCUCGCGAGCACCCUGCUCCUCCCCGGCGAGGCCCUGAAGGUCGCGGUCGGCAGCGAGCUGGGGGCCUCGGGGAUGGCGGUCACGCAGGUGAGGGCCGGGGCCUCGUCGGGCGCAAAGGUGGAGGCGAACAUGAAGCUGGGCGUCAUGAGCCGGGCGGGCGUUACGAGGUACAGCCACAAGAGGAUCCGGGCCCUCCGGAGCAGCAACGAGUUCUACUGGGCGAGCGCGGGCGGCAGGCACGGCAGGUUCGGCAGCUCGGUGUUCAACGGCCCCACGGACUUCAACAACAACAUCCCAUCUCCUGGGCCUGGCACCACCCCAACGGCGUCCACAACACCAUCCCGGUGGGAGGGCCGCUCAUCGACGAUCAGAUGAACAUCUACGUGGCAUCCGACGACGCCGUCCGCAAGUUCGACACCCUCGGUAGCCUUCUCUGGACCUACGGCCCCCGCGGCCAGAUGGCCAGCGCGCCCUGCCUGUCCAUGGUGAUCGACGGCACCCUGAACGCCAGCGUCCGCCACGCCAUGCGUCGCGCCAACGGGAGGGAGAGCAAGCUCCUGAAGAUCGGCGACCACGUCGAGGUGCUCCCGGGCAAGGGGUACCACGCCAAGGGGAAAGAGUACUACAGGCCUGGCGACGUGGGCGAGGUCAGCAAGAUCGUUGCCAGCCAGACUGGCGAGCCAAGAGCGAUCAUCAAAUGGCCCCGCACGGGGCAUGCCAGCAGCGCGCUGCUCGCCACCUGGGAUCAGAAGUUCACCCGGGCGAAGGACGGGCGACAGCAGGAGAUUCCUGCGCUCUUCGGGUCCACCGUCACAGGCUACGCGUUUGCCAUCGACCUGGAGACGGGCGACGAACUGUGGGCGACUAAGAUGUCUGCCGAGAUCGCCGGUGUCAAGGGGGCCGUGGCCGUCAGGGACAAUGUCUUUGUAGCGGCCAGCGAUAAGUGCCACAACCGUUACUGCUACCGGUACCGCAACGAGAGCCUUGCCGAUAGUUUUGCGAAUUCGAACCGUGUGAUUAGGGGGCUCAACAGCGUGACGGGCGCUGGCAUGUGGUCAUACACGCCUGACCAUCCAGUCUGGAACAUGGACCCACAGCUCACCUCAUGGGGGGGAGUGCUCUUCCAGGAUUUUGAGGGCGGAGUCUAUUGCCUCAACCUGACCACAGGGGAGCUUUUGUGGAAGCAUGAAGGGGUGAUGGGCAUGUACACACAGUCGGCAGCCCUUUUCAGUGAAGAGCUGAACUACGUAUACUCAAUCACUGAGAGCCUCUACGAUAGCAGGUGGUGCAACCCAUACACACCGCCAGGGAUCCUCAUCUGGUGCAACUCAGUGCAGGAUACUCCUGGACUCGUCCGAGGCUUCCAUGCAGAGACUGGCGUGAAGAUGUUCGAGACGACGCUCCCGAUGCCACCCGCUGGGGCCAGCAUCGGCAGGCUCAACAGCGGCGAUGACAGAGUACACUUGGUGGUCGGCCUUGGGCUCAGCUGCAAGUACCGGGGCACGUUUGGUGACAUCAGCAAGCCGUCAGAAUUGUGGGCUCUGAGUGGACGGUGGGGGGGCAAGCUGUGGAAGAGGACCGGCCCCACCCUGUGGACUACUGAUUGUGCAGGCGACAAGGAGGCCGCAGACAUCCGCCGGGCGAUGAACACCCGCGACAAGUGCCAGCCGAACAGCUGGUCGAAUCCGGUGAUCGAUGCCAGUGGGGACGUCUACGUCGGGAACCACGUCGGGGUCCUGCAGAGGUGGGGCUCCCCGGACGAUGCCCUGUACACCGUGGAUCUCCUCUCUACUUUGGAGACUUCCGCCGCGUUCACGGAUCAGAGCAUCGCGAUGGCACCCGGGAUGAUGGCCGUGAGCACGUGCAACUCGCUCAUCGUCAUCUCGACCUGAGGCUGUCCAGGCUGCCGCGAGCAAGCGCCACCGGGCGCCGAUGGUUUGUUCGAGGCCCUCCUCCGCGUCCUCCGCGUCGUCCUCCCCAUCCCCAGCCAUCCGCAGCCUGCUCUCCCCCCCUCUCUCGUGAUACGUCUUCGAGAAUAAGACAUUGAUUGGGGAGCUGCUGUCAUUGGUCUCGGCCGGCUCACCGUUGCGCUCGCGUCCCUGCAUGCUUUGAGAUUGCCCUGUCGGUCAUGUGGGAGGGCGCGCUGGGCAGCUCCUUUUUGCAAGACGGGGCUCGCACUCGACUGGCAGGCGCACGGAGCGCUCGCCUUUCGAGGUCGCACUCCUCGCAGCGCGGAGUAACCGGUGCUUGGCAUCGCUCGGACGCGUGCAUUAUUCCCUCGGCAA